UUCAGGAAGUGCGUAUCCGCUUCGACGCGGACGUAAACAAACAUCGUUUAGCAAGCUAAAGCCUUGUUUUAACGGCGGAAAUAUUGUACCGCCGUACAAUGUGUUUUUCUGCCGCCUAGAUCUCGAACGAUUUGAUAUCCAAAAACAGGAACCGGCGUUUUGUGAGGAGCUUUACUGAAGUGAUCACAACUUGCUACCAUGUCAACUUCAAAUUUCAAGAAUAAGUGUGUGACCCAAGUCAACUGUAUAUACUGUGAUAGUCUGCUGUGUAUGAGAGGAAUGAAAGCUGUUCUGUUAGCCGAUACGGAAAUUGAGUUGUUCUCAACCGACAUACCCCCAAACAGGACAGUUGACUUCGUGGCAAGCUGUUAUUCCACUGAGAGCUGCAAAUGCAAAUUAAGAGACAUUGCCUGUUUGAAAUGUGGAAAUGUUGUGGGAUAUCACGUGGUUGCCCCAUGCAAGCCAUGCUUGCUCUCCUGCAACAAUGGUCACUUCUGGAUGUUCAACAGUGAGGCUGUGUCCACCAUCAAUAGACUGGAUGCAACAGGGCAGAACCUGCUGCUAUGGGGAGAUCUACCAGAGCUGGAGGACAGUGAUGAUGACAGCAUGGAUAGUUUCUCAGAAGAAGAGUACCUCAGAUAGAACAACAAACGGCCAAAGGAAGUAGACUCUGACAGUGGUGAACUAGCUGGCUUUCAUGAGCACCGAUCUCCAUUUAAAGCACAUUGUCCAGGCUUAGCUGACUGGGAAAAGAAAAAAUGAAAAGAAAAAAAUAUUUAUAAUCAUUUGCAAUUUUCCACUCGAAAUUCUUAAUGUUUGCUAUUGUUUCAGCAUCCUCUCAAAUUAGUUUGUGCGUCAGAGUGCCACUACCAAAGAAGUAAACAAGUUUCUGUUUUUCUUUGCUUUAAGGUUGCAGUAGCACAAAAUUUGAUGGACUCUUAACAUAUGUUAUGUUAUCCUAUGAUGUCCGUUUAUAACCUUUACAAACUGUAGGAUGUUCAUGACAAUUAGCAGCAGCAUCAACUUGAAUCAAGGUGUGUUAAUCCAGGGGUGCUCUGGUACAAAUGUGUUUUCAAGGCAACCAAGUGCUACCAAGUAGAUAGAUAGAUAUAGAUUUGCUGACAUUUACCAUGUUUUAAUGGUUUACAAGUAUAUUUGUCUAUUUUGAUUGAAUAUUACUAAAUAUACUCUCAAGCUGGAUAUCAAUCUGCAUAAUGUUGAACUGAUACAUCAAAGUAAUUUUAUUCUAAAUGAGGGCUGUCUAUGCAUAGCCUUAUCUUUAAUUUCAUGAAAUUGUUUGGGCUUCUUUUCAUGUCUUUGACAUUUGAAGUGAUUGAUGAUCAGAUGGCAGCUUUAAGGUAGAGUAGUUAGGUCUCCGCUGAAUAAUAUUUGACAUUACAACAAUGUUGAUUGAAACUUUCUUGAUUAUAUACUAUGGUACUUUGUUUAGCUCUUUUUUAAUUAAUGCUGUUUAAAGAGAUGUCUUCAUUCAAAAGUUAAUUUGAAAGCCUUUGUGUUCCAAUUAUGUUUAACUGUUUGUCACACAGGCAAUCAUGAGAAGAAACAACAGAAAAAUAUUCUGCACAUAAUUAAAUCAUUUCUGCAUGAAACUGUGACAUACUGGACAAAAGAUAUUUAGGCUUCCUGAUUUGAAUCUUUUCCGGAUUUAAUUUCUUUACAUAGACAUAUAGUCAUUCAGUAGCAGUUUUUCCCUCAACCCUGUUUACCAUUUCACUGUAAGUAUUUUCCAGUUUAUCUGAAAUGUGUAUAUAUAUACCAUAAUGUCUCAAGGGCAUGAUGUCCCACUGUAAAUGUUUUACUACAACAAUUUCUGUGUUGUAUUGGAUGUUUUGCAUUUUCAGUAAAAAAAAAAAAAAAAAACAGUUGCAAAAGAACAAGCAGCCACUAUUGUGAUCUUUCAGGUGUAGCAUAUUUAGUGGUUGGCUCCUUUAUGCCUUGAAGCAAUCUUUAUUAUGCAUUUAUGACCAAAAUUAAAUGGUGAAAAAAUUUGUUUUGCAUUUCAACUUCUAUACAGAGGAUUUAUUUGUUUUAAGUUAUGUUUUGAAUGUAUUUAACAAACAGGAUACUGUAUUUAUAUUGACAUGAUUUGAUUUCAUUUGCGCCAUGUGAGAUUGAGAAAAAAAGUUUGUAUACGUUUGAUCUGCACUGACAAUAUUUUGUUGGUUUGAACUUCGGGUUGUUUUGUAUGCUGAAUGUCUUGAUAUUAAAUUUCUAUUGUG